CCGGAAGUUCUGGCAUCCCCGGCAUCCCGGCAUCCCCGGCCGACUGAGCGGCGGACAGGCUUUGGCUGGAGCCCGAGCUGCUUGGAGGAGUUGGUGGCCAUGGAGUUGGGCGAGCUGCUCUACAACAAGUCCGAGUACAUCGAGACGGCCUCUGGGAACAAAGUUAGUCGCCAGUCAGUGUUGUGUGGAAGUCAGAACAUCGUUCUCAAUGGCAAGACCAUUGUGAUGAAUGACUGUAUUAUCCGAGGGGAUCUGGCAAAUGUAAGAGUUGGACGUCAUUGUGUUGUGAAAAGUCGGAGUGUCAUAAGGCCACCGUUCAAGAAAUUCAGCAAAGGGGUUGCAUUCUUCCCUUUACAUAUUGGGGACCAUGUUUUUAUUGAGGAAGAUUGUGUGGUCAACGCGGCUCAGAUUGGCUCUUACGUUCAUGUUGGCAAGAACUGUGUGAUUGGGCGCCGGUGUGUGUUGAAAGACUGCUGCAAGAUUCUUGACAACACAGUACUACCCCCAGAAACGGUGGUCCCACCAUUCACUGUCUUCUCAGGCUGCCCAGGACUCUUCUCGGGGGAGCUUCCAGAAUGUACCCAGGAGCUGAUGAUUGACGUCACCAAGAGCUACUACCAGAAGUUUUUGCCCUUGACUCAGGUCUAAUGUGUCUGUCUCGUGUUGAAUUCGCUUGAGCUCUAAGAUGAACUUGGGGACAAAGUGAACCAGUGAGCAUCUACAAAGAGCUCUUAUGUCUUUGACACCUUCUACCCAUCCUUUUUUGUUGUUGGGUUUUUUGUU